GUAGUAGUCAUGUGACACUACACUUAUCAUGUGACCGAGUCUUCUACUCGUAAAACUCAUAAGUAAGGGUUGCUAUCUUUGUUAUCUAAUAUCAAGUUUAAGUUUAGGUUUAGACAAUCAAACAUGUCGCUAAGGCCUGCAUUGAUGAUCAGCUUUCUGCUACUGGGAAUUUCAAUUUUAUAUGGCGAGACAACAGACUUGGGCGCAAGUUGUACACCUCCAGUUAAUAAUGCAGCAGAUGAAUGUACUGUAAAAGAUUCGGAGUGUAAAACUAAUACGUGUGCUUGCAAAACCGGAUUUAUUAAGGAAAAUGGAGCAUGCCCAAAAGCGUUAGGAAAAGCUUGUGUGAACAAUAACGAAUGUGUCUCUAAUUCAAAGUGUGCGGGCACUAUUGGGUCUAAAACAUGCAGUUGUAUAGAUGGCUUCGGAAAUAAGGAUGGAUUAUGUUCUAAAACCGUCGAUGGAAUCGAUUGCUCAUCAGUUUCAACAGCAUGUGACACUAUUCAAAAUGCAGCGUGUGACGCAACGUCUAAGAAAUGUAAAUGUAACACAGGUUUCAUCAUGAAUGUUGACAAAUGUGACCCGAAAAAUUCUGCUGCCUUGAUAAACUUCGGUGUAGUUACGAUGGUAAUGUCUCUUCUGACAGCUUUUAUUCUGUAGCGACAAUGGAAAAUAUAGUUGUUUUACCAGAACACUUAGGAUUGGACAAGAUGACUUUGUUAUAUUGUUUUUGUUCUUGUUGCAGUGGUUUAUAGUGUGCAAGUGUAAAAAAAACAUAUAUGAAAACUUGAUUUUAGGAUACAAGUUACAUAACAGUAUAACAGUAUCUCUUUUUACGUCCAUAUAUUUUAGUAUAUCAAUUGUUUCUUGAAAUAAUAGUUUAUGUUGUUACAAUUAAAUUAACCUAUAUUAAAUAUAUAGAACAUAAAUAUCAAUAGAUUUUUAGAAAUACUGUCCGUAAUCACUGAAAUACAGAUUGUGAACAAAGGUAGAAUGUCAAAGGUUAUAUAUGAAUAAUUAUAUUGAAUAAAACAUGUUUAAAAGAAAUAUGUACAUAUAUCAUAUGUAUAUUUUCAACUUCCUUUUUUUUGGGGGGGGGGGGGGCUUAUAACUUCUCUUUUUCAUUUUCAAAAAUAAGAUUAAUACUGAAAUCACAAAUAACAAAUCGUAAAUUACAUUUGCAUUAUAUGAUAAUAAAUCUGUAUUUAGUUCCGCAAAUAGGUUGAUAUCACAUGUUAUUUGUUGUCGGUUGUCUAGUGGAAACAGUUAUAAAUAUGAAAACACGUUUUAAAUUGUUAAGAGGCCAACGGCAAAGAUGCUCCAAUAAUAACCAAGCGGCAUCUCAAUAUAUGUAUUUAUCCAAAUAAAGUUGUUUAACAGAU